AUGUUGCUGCCGCUGUUGGGCACCUGUGCCUUGGUGGGGCCAUUCCAUGGUUCAGAGUGGGAGCCUGUGUGGGGCCUGCUCUCCCAGGACGGCAGCUGUGGGGACCUUCGGUGUUAUGGUAACCUGCUUGUGCUCUGCCUCUUUGUCAUCUGGCAGGUCUGGCACUGCUGGCACCAUGUCAACAAGACCCAUCCCAGCUGGAGGAAGACCAUCAAGGUGCCACCCCAGGAGAGGGCAGUAUCCUCCAGGAGACAUGUUCCUGAGUUCUGCAACAGUCUUGGUGAGCUCAGGGAUCUGGAUGGUCAUGUGCAAAGAUGGAUACGAAAGCAAAGAUGGGGAUACCAGAGAAGUCUCCAGGAAUCAUGGGUCCAGUGUCUGCUCUCCUCUCAGCGUCAGUAUCAGGGUCCACCUUGGGAUGCCCACAUCCUAGGCAGCACCUCCUUUUCAAGCACCUGUCUGAUCCCUCGGGACAGUUACUGGGACGCAUGGGAGGUAUCCUGCGGUCUCAGUGAUGGGCACACUCAUCUGAUUCAAGAGCCACUGCCCCUGGACCUGGAGAUAUGUCAAAGGAUGGAGCAGUUGUGGGUCCACUCCUUGGAAGAACUUGCACCUGACAGCAGCAUGAGGUCCCACCCCACCUCUGUAUCCUUAUCCACCUCUCUCCCAAACCUCUCUUCAGCUCAGAGGCUGCAGUUCUGUCCCAGAGAGUUCCCAUCUGUUCCUUCCGAUCAGCAACAGGAAAUGCCCACAUGGAGGUCCUGGGGCUUCCUGCAAGAGGCCUGGGCACCAGAGCGGGAACAUCAGAUAGCAGACAGAGGAAAGGAGAGGACAGAGGACCAGGCUCUGAGGCACCUGGAAGUCAACUUCCAAUAG